AAAAGAAAAAGAGGCCCAGUAUAAAAACAGAAUAAAUCUUAAAGCACCAUCUAUGUUGAAUAUUCUUAUUGUGAUAGAUCCCACAUUGGACAGAAGAUUUCAGCCGACAUCAAAUGAAGUAGGAAUUUUCUGAGACUGACGGGUAUCUUGGUAAAUGCUUUCUCUUUGCAGAUGGUCGUUGAUAAUUUCAAUUCAUCCCCUGCUUCCUCUGCUUUCUUCCAACUGACAAAGGUGUAGCUUUGAUUUUUUCCCCCCUCUUCAUGUUACAUGAUCAUUUAUUCUAACUUCUAUUUGUUGAUUUAUUUGGACUAAUUGUUCCAAAUAUUUAACUGUCUUGGGUCUGCAAAUGUUUCCAUAUUGGUAUUUAUUGUAUUCAUGUUUGAGAUACCUGGAAUUUUAGAGACAAAGUGGCUCAAUUCUGUUCAUUUUAUAGAAGGAAUCUUACAGAUGCAGAGAUGUGAGGGACAGGUGUAGGUUCACAAGAGCUAGGACAUGCUGUUCUAACAAAAAUCCUCCUUCCCUUUGGUUCAAUUUUUAAUCUAUUUUAGGUCCUUCCAUCUCACAUUAAUGACGUAGUAAUCUACCCACUUAAUACUGUAAUAAGUUCACUAGGUUUUUUCCCCAUUAAAGCAGACGUAUGAGUCAUAGUUUACUAUUACUUUCCAAGGUUUUAUUCUGUAUUUUCCUUAACAUCUGAGAAUCAUGUGGAAUCUGUGGCCCCUGUGCUUAUCUGAGACCACUGUGUAUUCUGAAACCUCUUGCCCCACACUGGAUGCCUGGCGUCAAUCAGGAAAUGUUGUAACGUGUAACACAUCACUCACCACUCUUGAUGGUGUUACAGGGUAGGAAGCUGUGGGGGUUUGAUGCUGGCUGUGGACGUAAAUAAUAGAACCUUCAGAAUCAUCAUGGAGGCUGAGUUUUGCCAGCUUGUAUAAUCAGAAGUCCAAGAUGGGCGGCAAGCUCAGCAAGAAGAAGAAGGGCUACAAUGUGAACGACGAGAAGGCCAAGGACAAAGACAAGAAGGCUGAGGGCGCGGCGGCGGAGGAGGAGGGGACCCCGAAGGAGAGCGAGCCCCAGGCGGAGCCCGCCGAGGCCAAGGAGGGCAAGGAGAAGCCCGACAAGGACGCCCAGGACGCCGAGGGCAAGGCCGAGGAGAAGGAGGGCGAGAAGGCCGCGGCCAAGGAGGAGGCCCCGAAGGCGGAGCCGGAGAAGACGGAGGGCGCGGCCGAGGCCAAGGCCGAGCCCCCGAAGGCGCCCGAGCAGGAGCAGGCGGCCCCCGGCCCCGCUGCGGGCGGCGAGGCCCCCAAAGCUGCCGAGGCCCCCGCGGCCCCGGCCGAGAGCGCGGCCCCUGCCGCCGGGGAGGAGCCCAGCAAGGAGGAAGGGGAACCCAAAAAGACUGAGGCGCCCGCAGCUCCUGCCGCCCAGGAGACCAAAAGUGACGGGGCCCCAGCUUCAGACUCAAAACCCGGCAGCUCGGAGGCUGCCCCCUCUUCCAAGGAGACCCCCGCAGCCACGGAAGCGCCUAGUUCCACACCCAAGGCCCAGGCCCCCGCAGCCCCCGCGGAAGAGCCCAAGCCCGUGGAGGCCCCGGCAGCUAAUUCCGAUCAAACCGUAGCGGUGAAAGAGUGACAAGGACAGCCUAUAGGAAAAAUAAUACCACUUAAAACAAUCUCCCCCCACUCCCUUUCUCUCUCCCCCCUUCUCUCCCCCUCCCCCCUCCCUCCCUCCAUCUCUCUCUCUCUCUCUCUCUCUCCUCCCCUCCCCCUCUCCUCUCUCUCCUCUCCUCUCUCCUCUCUCUCCUCUCUCCUAUACUAACUUGUUUCAAAUUGGAAGUAAUGAUAUGUAUUGCCCAAGGAAAAAUAAAGGAUGUCCCAUCAAGGGAGGGAGGGGGUGGGAGAAUCCAAAUAGUAUUUUUGUGGGGAAAUAUCUAAUAUACCUUCAGUCAACUUUACCAAGAAGUCCUGGAUUUCCAAGAUCCGCGUCUGAAAGUGCAGUACAUCGUUUCUGCCUGAAACUGCCGCCACCAUGCACUCCUCCACCGCUGAGAGUUGAAUGAAAAGCUUUCCUUCUGCAAUGGGAGUUGGGAGUGAUGCGUUUGAUUCUGCCCACGUGGCCUGUGCCAAGGCAAUCAGAUCUUUAUGAGAGCAGUAUUUUCUGUGUUUUCUUUUUAAUUUACAGCCUUUCUUAUUUUGAUAUUUUUUUAAUGUUGUGGAUGAAUGCCAGCUUUCAGACAGAGCCCACUUAGCUUGUCCACAUGGAUCUCAAUGCCAGUCCUCCAUUCUUCCUCUCCAGAUAUUUUUGGGAGUGACAAACAUUCUCUCAUCCUACUUAGCCUACCUAGAUUUCUCAUGACGAGUUAAUGCAUGUCCGUGGUUGGGUGCACCUGUAGUUCUGUUUAUUGGUCAGUGGAAAUGAAAAAAAAAAAAAAAAAAAAAAAAAGAAAAAAAAAAGUCUGCGUUCAUUGCAGUUCCAGUUUCUCUUCCAUUCUGUGUCACAGACACCAACACACCACUCAUUGGAAAAUGGAAAAAAAAAUAAAAUAAAAAAACAAAAAAAUGUACAAUGGAUGCAUUGAAAUUAUAUGUAAUUGUAUAAAUGGUGCAACAGUAAUAAAGUUAAACAAUUAAAAAGAAGUGA